UAAUUUAGAUGCUUAAAUAUAACAUUUUGUGGGAGCUAGAAAUAAAACUAUAAACCAUCUAGGUGCCCUUCCUCCAAGCAUUUUUGUGGGGGGCCUAAACUGGCGGCGGCUUCUGCCCUGGGCCGGCCCUGAUUGUAGUUACAGUUUGAUCACAUCUGAGUGUAGUUACAGACUUACAGUUUGAUUACAUGAGCUAGUAAUGAAUUCAGAUUCGAAACUGGUUCUAGGGGUAUUUUGACUGCUGUGAAGAAUUGUGCGGCUGUUUCUUUGUUUGCCAAAUUCUUUGCCCUCAAACUUUUAUCUUGUGUUGGGCAGCUGCAAUUUUAGGUAACUCAAACAAACAAGUGGUAGAGAGAGAUGCAGAAAUUGGGAGAAUUCAAGCUGCCCAACUUCUUCAACUACCUGCCAUACUUCACCUUGCAGCCAGUAAAGGACACACGGGAGAAGCAGAUUCAACUUUGGAAGGGGCUGAUACUUGAUUACUGUAAAACCCAAAAGGUUUUUAUAGUUGAACCAGAAGGAUUUCCUCUGUUUACAAAUUCUGGAAUUGAAAGGUCUCUAAGCCAUGAAGCUAGGGAAGUAUUUCUCUCAACCUUAGUUUCCGAAGGACGUGCAGAAUGGAUGGACAAGGGACAUAGGAAAUGUCUUAUCCUCUGGCACCGCAUUCAAGAAUGGGCUGAUUUAAUUUUACGCUUUGUGAAAGAUAAUGGCUUGGAAGAUAGCGUAAUGACAAUUGAGGAAAUUCGUUCAGGGACUGAAUCCCGUGGCACAGAUCUUCAUGGGAUUGACCGCAUAGUACUACUGCGAGCUUUGAAGCUAUUAGAACACAAGGGGAAGCUCGCAAUCUUCAAAGGAACUUCAGCUGAUGAUGAGGGCGUGAAAUUUUCCAUCUAGUGUUCUCCUUCGUUUCGGUUCAAGUAGCGUUUGAUUAAUGUUUGCUCUAUGUAUACAAUUGUAAUUUUUUUGUUGAUUAUCAGGAGUAAUAAACGACCUGAAUGAGCCAAUUAGUAGGUGGUUGGUCAUACCAAGUUUGAAAUACUCCACAAGUUUCAAAAAUAUGUUAGAGGUUAGGUUAUUUGUAAGACGAUUCGAUCUUAAAUGGGUUUUAAUCGAUCCAAUCUCGAGUAGUUUGAUUUU